CCAGAUAACCUUGGAGACGCCUCAUCAUAGGAAUUCAACUCUCAGACAUUGGAUGUCUUGUGUUGUCACACGUGUUGGUAUGCUGUUGAUUGAUUGACAAGGCUGAGGUGUAGCCAUGGCAACCAGGAUGGAGGUGACACUGCUCAAGAGCAGGGUGAGAAUGGAAGACUACAAGAAGCUGCAGAGCCUAUUCUUUAUCUCCUCAGGGGUGUCUGGCUCUUUGUCCAGAAGUGAAUUCAUCCAUCUGGCCUGCUCAUCGGUCGGACACGGCUCCAAAGAGGAGUACGGCCUGCUGUUUGACAGCGUCGUCGUCAGUCAGGGGCACCGCGGCCUCUUCCCUGACAGCAAUGCUGUGAAGGAAGAGAGUCGAGUGGACUGGGGAAGGCUGCGCUCUUUUCUUCAGCAGGAGCUGUCUGAAAAGCUGAAGCACAGCAGAGUGAACCGUGUGCCUUGCUGGAAGCCUCCGCGCUCUCUGACCUGUCCCCAUCGAGACCCAGUCCAAAAGGUGUUGUACCUGCCAAGCUGGGCUCAAUACAUGACCGUGAGUAAAGGAGGAUCUGUGGGACUGCGGGACCAAAGUGACAUGUCUCUUUUGAGUACCCAACGACUGCAAAACAGCACAGUCCGACCCAAAGACCUGUGGGUGACAGACAUGGUGCUGCUGCAAAAUUUACACAAGAUAGCUGUGUCAUUUACAAGUAAGGAAGUGUGUUUUUAUGACAUACUUUCCAAAAAGGACUUCAGCUGCAAAUAUAAAGUCCAGGGUUUAAGUUUUACUCCAUGGUGUCUGGACUACUGGGCAGAUGCCUCUAACCCAGAUCAGGCCAUCCUCACUAUAGGCGACAUUGGUGGACAGGUCAGCGCUUUAUCCUUCACAUCAGCGCAAAUCAUUUUGUUUGAGCGACGGAGUCGGUGGAAAGACUCGGAUUCUGCGGUCGUCAUCCAAUGGGAUGAUGUGGUCAAAGGAAAACAUCACUGUUGUUACAUUGUUCAGCAUCAAGCACACAAGCCAGCCUGGGUGAGGAAAGUACUUUACCUGGACUCACUGGAGGCCUUUGUGUCGUGUAGCACCAGGCCACAAAGCAGCAUGGUGAUUGGCUGGAGGGAGAAGGACAGCAAGAGCCUACGAGUGACCUCUUUUUUUACAAAGAGAGGAGUAUGGGACGUAGACCAUCACCAUGAACUGAAGCUGAUUGCCACUGCAGGUAUAGAUCAUCAGGUUCUUUUGUGGAACUCUUACAUGACCUCCCAGCCAGUGCACGUAUUCACUGGCCACCUUGCCCCAGUUAUGGCUGUUCGCUUCCUGCAAAAGAAAAAACAACUGCUAAGCUACUCCAGAGAUAAGGUUCUGUGUUUAUGGGAUGUUUCAAGUCAGCUCUGUAUUCACCGACUGGAUGGAGUUUUCCCAGCGACACAGGAGGACGCGCACACACUCCUGCUCCUGAUCGAAGAGCGCCAACUCCUGCUGCUCACCUUCAACAGCCUGCUGGUCUUGCUAGAGAGCACGAAGGAGGAGACAAGGACCAGCAGUCACGAGCACCCUGUCACCUGUGUGCUUUACAACAGUCUUUUCAGACAUGUAAUAAGCAGCGACACCGGCUCCUCUGUGAUCUGCUGGCUGGCUGACACGGGCCAAAAGGUUAAGCAAAUCCACCAUUGCCAUGGCAAUGCGGAGAUCUCCACCAUGGCUUUGGAUGGCACGCAGACCCGGCUGUUCACUGUAGGCACUGACGGAGAGGUUAAAGUGUGGGACUUCAAUGGCCGUUGCCUCCACAUAAUGAACGUUGCCCUGGGCAAGGCUGCGGCCAUCUCGCAAGUUCUGCUGCUGAGGACGAACCUCCUGGUGAUGGGUUGGGAGAGGAGGUUGACAGUAUUCCGCCGGCAUUCCUUCGCCAAGUUUCACGUUGACCCUUCAGAGUGGAAGGGCAAUGUUCAUCAUCGUGCUGAAGUGCUCUGUGCCGCCUUCCAACCACCACAGACUCUAGUCACAGGAAGUCGUGAUGGAGAGAUUAUAGUGUGGAACAACAACACGGAAAAAGCUCUGAGGAAACUGCAGCUGCCGGCCAAACAUGAAGAAUUCAGGAAAACUGAGUAUUCCCUAGACGCCCUCGCUAAAUUGUCGUUUUUACAAGGUCGGACCGCUGCACAAAUAACAACUGGUGGCGCCGACUUGGUGUCAUGCACCAGUUCCGGGAUGGUCAGGCUCUGGAACACGGUCCACGGCCAUCUCGUGGGACAGUUCGAGGCCCGCAAGCCGCAACUAGGCUCUAUUGUCAUGACUGUCAGCCCCUGUGGAAAGCUUCUAGUCACAGCAGAUUGGGAGGGCACGAUCAAGACAUGGGACGUAGAGCAAUACUGCCUGGAGUCAGAUGAGGAAGUGGUGACUGAACCUCCAGAAUUGGUGUGCAGUUUCCGCCCACACCAAGAUGGGGUCACUCACCUGGAUAUGUGUAUCCAUGGCGAUCGGCUGCUCCUUCUGUCAGCAUCUUCAGACUGCAGUGUAGCCCUCAGCUAUCUGUCAGGGGAAAUUAUCGGCUUGUUUGGACAGGAGGAGCAGUGGAGCAUCGUGAAGCCUGGAUGUUUUCCCUCACAGUGGGACACCAUUGAUGAUAGACACCCUGGCAACACAGCAGAACGUGAGGAGGUGGAAACAGACAGGAAACAGGAUUGUGGAGUAGAGCACAGCGUUUGUCUGGGUGAAUAGUCACUUCUGACUUACUGUAAGUAUCUUUGCUCUGUUAUAUUUAAAGUUUAUUUGAAACCAUGACUCUUACUGUGAUUUCAAGAGUCUUGGUAAUAUUUUAUAUUACAAAACACAACUGAGGUUGUUGAGGUUCAUCAGUUCUCCUUGGGCGAUUUUAGAAAUGGACACAUUGGACACAAACACGAUUAAUUGUAAUUUUUGGGAACUAAA